GCGCGUGCUCUGCCCGUGUGCGCGCAGGGCUGGCAUCUCGGUGACGCUGUCUGAGUUUGGUGCGCGCAAAGCAGAGCAGGCGGAGCGGGCCGGCCGGGGCGGAGCGGAGCGGUCCGCAGAGCAGCCCCUCCCGGCCUCGGCCGACCCCAGCCCUCGGCCCGGCUCUAUGGACAGGAGCUCGCUGCUGCAGCUCAUCCAGGAGCAGCAGCUGGAUCCUGAGAAUACAGGCUUCAUCGGUGCGGACACCUUCGCUGGCCUGGUACACAGCCAUGAGCUGCCCCUGGACCCCACCAAGUUGGACAUGUUGGUGGCUCUGGCUCAGAGCAACGAACGGGGCCAGGUCUGCUACCAGGAGCUGGUGGACCUGGUCAGUGCCAUGAUCAGCAGCAAGCGUUCCAGCAGCUUCAAGAGGGCCAUUGCUAAUGGACAGCGGGCGCUGCCUCGGGACGGACUGCUAGAUGAGCCAGGCCUCGGUGUCUACAAGCGGUUUGUGCGAUAUGUGGCCUACGAGAUCCUGCCCUGUGAGGUGGAUCGUCGCUGGUACUUCUACCGGCAUCGCAGCUGCCCACCCCCUGUGUUCAUGGCCUCUGUCACCCUUGCCCAGAUCAUCGUGUUCCUGUGCUACGGGGCACGUCUCAACAAGUGGGUGCUCCAGACCUACCACCCGGAAUACAUGAAGAGCCCUCUAGUGUACCACCCAGGACACCGUGCUCGCGCCUGGCGCUUCCUCACCUACAUGUUCAUGCAUGUUGGGCUGGAGCAGUUAGGGUUCAACGCCCUCUUGCAGCUGAUGAUUGGGGUGCCCCUGGAGAUGGUACACGGUGUGCUUCGCAUCAGCCUGCUGUACCUGGCGGGUGUGCUGGCAGGCUCUCUGACUGUCUCUAUCACAGACAUGCGUGCCCCUCUCGUAGGGGGCUCUGGAGGGGUCUAUGCCCUGUGCUCAGCACACCUGGCCAAUGUUGUCAUGGUAAUGGGACUGCCCUUCUGGGGAGGUGGGAAGGGGCCCACUGGAUGUGCUUCACAGCCUGUCUGCCUGCCCCAUCAGAACUGGGCUGGGAUGCGGUGUCCAUACAAGCUGCUGAGGAUGGUGCUGGCUCUGGUGUGCAUGAGUUCCGAAGUGGGCCGGGCUGUAUGGCUGCGCUUCUCCCCACCACUGCCCGCCUCGGGCCCACAGCCCAGCUUUAUGGCACACCUGGCUGGUGCGGUGGUAGGUGUAAGCAUGGGCCUUACCAUCCUUCGAAGCUAUGAGGAGCGCCUGAGGGACCAGUGCGGCUGGUGGGUGGUGCUACUUGCCUAUGGCACCUUCCUGCUUUUCGCCAUCUUCUGGAACGUCUUUGCCUAUGACCUGCUGGGUGCCGAUAUCCCCCCUCCACCUUGACCUGCUCCUUAGGGCCAUAUGGCCAGAGCCCGGCCUGCAGUGGGUCAGCCGCCAGGUGGGCCUGCAUGUCUGCCCUCUAUGGAUGGACCUCUCAGGGCUGCUCUUCCCCACAGGGGCAGGCGGGCCCUGUGAUCCACCGGGUGGAGGCCAAGUCUUACUGCAGCCCUUGCUGCCCCUCCCAGGCCUUUCUGGGGGAGGGGUGCUACUAGGCCAGGGCUGGGUGGAGGUCCUUGAAUGUGGCCCUAGAGGAGAGCCCCUCCCUCCCCACCGAUCCCCAGGACUUGCAGUCUGAGCCUUUUUGGAGAAUGAAUAAAUAUUUUACACAGCA